GGCAGAACCUACACCGCGCGCCGACUAAAACGGCAGCACAGUUGAUUGAGAACAACGAAGCAAGUAAGACGUGUUUGUUGGUUGGUGGUUAACACUUUAACGCUGGUUUUGUUUUUUGGGAACACUCUGCUGUACGCCAAAACGCCAACCCAACAACGCAACACCAAACGACAAUUCACAGUGCAGACGUACGCUCGCGUGGGUGUGUGUGUGUGUAUUCGUAUGUGCGUGUGGUUCAGCUAAUAGAUGCGAAUUCGCAAAAGUCGAUCAGUGCCAAAAUAACAAUAACAAUAACAUUAAAAAAGUAAUAAGUAACACAAAACCAUUUGAAGACGUGCUAAAUACUUCUAGUUCAUUGGACAUAACAACAAAAACGUUAGAAAAUAUUGUUUCAAAAAUUGUUCGAAUUUCGUAUUGUUCGAAAAAAUUGUAAACAAAACGAUUUGUAAAUGACUAAAACUUUUUCAGUGUGAAAUUUGCCGAUUUCGACAAAUUUAAAAUCAUAAAAAGUGAAAAAAGUAUCAACAAAGUGCUGUGAAAAAUUUAAAAACAAACUUUUUGAGUUCAAGUUUGAGAGUAAAAGGAAUUUCACAACUGCACGCAACAAUUUCAAACAAUUUGCCAUAAAGCGUGAGAACAGUGAAAAUCAUUUCAAUUGCAGACAAGAAUUAGAAAAAGUGCUGAAUUAUUUAAAAAUAACAAAAAAAAAGUCAAAAAGUGCUAAGCAAAAUUAUAAAAAUUAAAGAAACAUCGAAACAUUGCAAACACAACACAACUACAACAAAUACUAAAAAGCAAAUAUAACUAACAGUAAGAAACAAUUCUGUUGCGCGCAAGAAUAAUCCUGUGCGAGCGCGAUCCCUCACACUGCCGCCCACAUUGCUGCGCAGGUACGGCGAACAGGUGUGUAUGCGCACUUAUGCAAAAGCAACAGUAACAACAAAGCGAGAGAAAAGAAGCAACAGAGACAAACAAACUCACAACCACAGAAAUAAAAACAAAAACUCAGCUGCAAAAGCGUGCAGCAAAAAUCAGGGAAAUAAAAAACAAAAAAAACGAAAUUAAAUCACAAAAAAUAAAACGAUGGCUGUUGUCUUUUAUAUGCCCGAGGGCGGCGGCGAUGACUCUGCAUCGUCAUCGAGUGGCGGUCACGGCAGUGCGGGCAGCGGCAGCGCUGCUUCGUCGACAUCACAAUCGCCCAACACCACCACAUCGGCUACACAAACGCCCAUGCAGAGUCCGCUACCGCCGCAUUUUAUGAUGGCCUUCUAUCAGUAUAUGAAUGCUACCGCCUUCCAGUAUCCCCCGCCAGCCAGUCCAUGCUGUCAAGUCCACAGCCCCUCACCAUAUACAGGUAGCGGCGGCGGCAGCGGUCCUGCUGGUGCCGGUGUCGGCAAUGGCGAAGUAUUCUUCCCACUCAGUCUUAGUACACCACGUACUCCGCGCACCAGUGUCAGUUAUGCUGCUGGCGAAGAGAAUACCUUCUUUCGUCAUCACAAUAUCAGUGGCGGUUGCAGCAGCGGACCACACCUACAACCGCCGCAAUCGGCACCACCCAUGCCGUCGAGUAGUCACAAUGGUGCACAUAGUCAACCAGCGCCACAACAACAAUACCAACCAUAUCCAUAUUAUCAAUAUACACCACCGCCGACACCGCUCACCGCCAAUGCAAGCACCUGCACCGGCAACGUAUUCGGUGCGACGGAAGCGACAACGCACCAACGCGGUUGUGUGGCAACAGCGUCGACAUCAACAUCGACGACCUCGUGUGGCAUGAGCGGACAUUCGCGAUUGCAUCGUAGCCUCUCAGAUGCACAAAAGCGCUCGCGUCGUACAUCAACCACCAACGAUGAUGAACGCGAAUAUCAUAGCGAGCAUGAGACCAGCUGGGAUGAGUUCGAUGACCGUUUCGAUAAUUUUACAGCCGGCCGUGAACGUUUACAGGAAUUUAAUGGACGAAUACCGCCACGAAAGAAGAAAAAGGAUGUGCCAAAAUCAAAGUCAGAGAAGAAGGUGAGAGAAAGACAGCCAUUCAAGGGCUUCAUCUGGCCCACUGUCGUCACAGUCAUCGUUGUUGCAAUGGGUUGUGGCUUCCUUGUUACGCGAUGAGUGCACCAAAUGUGAAGCUCGUGCAGCAACAGCCGCAGCUAUACUUACAAUUUAAAAAGCAAGCAACAGUAAAGCAAUGCAAAAAAAAAGAUUUACACUUAAAGAAUAAAUAAUAAAAAUAAAUAAAUUUUGAGAAAAAACAUUAAAAAACAAAGCACAAAUGAAAAGUGUUAAAAACAGCCAGAACGCCUUGGGCUUUUCAAGGCAAUAAAGGGAUAUGAAAGAGAAAUAUCUAAAGGUAAAGAAAUUUUCGUCAGAAAUGUGAAACGUGAAAGUGAAUUAUGGAAGCGCAAGUAGCGCGUGGAACGAGGCGAAUGUACGCCGCGCCACAUUUAAGAGGACACAGUGGUGAGCGGCUUGACAGAGAAAUAUUUUCGAGAGUGGAAACGUGAGGUAGUUUUUAAUUUUUAACGAUUUGCGGAUCUACUGAGGAAAGAGCUCAUCAAACCGCAGCAAUGUAAACGAAAGAGUUGAAGAGCGAGGAAAAGAGAAAGAAAGAGACGGCGUCAUGGCGAGAGAGAGAGAGUAUGAUAGCGAGCAAAGCGCACCGUGUGCGACAACGAAACCGAAUUUUUAAUCAACGAAGCUUUUCUUACACACCACAAACACAAAACGAACUCAAAGGCGAAACAAAAACUUAAAAACGUAUUGAAAGCGAAAAACUAACAUUUUUUAACACAAGCAAAUAAUAUUUUUGUAAAAUGUAGGCAUUUAUAGUAGAUAUAUACAUACAUAUGCACGCAUACGAGUAUUUGACUGAAAAUCUCUGCCGUAUUUGGACGUGGAAAUUUCGCAUAUACAAACAUAUGAAUUGCAACUGCCGUUAAGUGUAAGCAACUUGUGCUUGAAAAAGUAUUUUUCUACUGAGAAUUUUGUACGUUUUUUUAUCUAAAUGUGUAACAGACAAGACUGUUCAGAAGUUGUUAGGCAGCAUUUGUACUAAGACAAUUUAAAAAUUGAGAAAACUACAACAACAAAACACGCAAGAGUAACUUUAUAAAAAAUAAUAUUUAAUAACUAGAUAUUUUCUAAGAUUUUGAAAAUAAAUCGCAAACUAACAGUAAAUUAAACGUAAAAACAAACAAAGCAGUAAUCACAAUUUUUGAUCUUGACAGCUGAAAAUCGCUAAUUUUGAGUACUGAAGGUACACAUCUCUUUCUAAAACAGAUGCGAAUAUUUUUGAUAAAAAUUUUGAAGUAUUUGUAAUAUGGCACAUUUGUUAUGCUACAAAGAAAAAUUUCGGGUUUAAAUAAAAAUAUAAAAUAAUCAAAUAAAUUUUUUUUUGAAACCAGAAAGUUGGCGCAAUAUUUUUGAUAAAAUGAACAUUUUAUAACUUUAUGUAUAUGAAAUAUUGAAAAACAUAAAAUUUUGCUACAAAUUUUACAGUUUAACAAUACUUUACAAUUUAUAAAAAAAAAUUAAUAAUAUAACUGAACUUUGUAAGCGAAAAUCUUUACAAGAAUAUUACAAAAAAAAUUUAUAAAUUAAUAUUAAUAUUUACAAAAAAACGGCAACUAGACAGAAAACAAACAAAAAAUGCAUAAUUAAAAAGGAAAAAAUUGACUAAAACCCCAAAAAAAAAAAUAUUUUCCGACAUUAAAAAUUGUGUAAAGCUUAAUAAUUGUAUAUAAAAUACAACAUAAAUCGAAAUUAAAUAAAAACACAAGCAACUGCAUAUCUCUUUUGCUACACGCGGAAAAUAUGCAAUAAAAUCAACCAUUUGCUUAAAAAUCAAUAUUUUACAAACAAAAAAAAUCCAUACAUAAAAUUAUAUCAACAAUGAGUAUGAAUCACAUGAUUAACCAAUUUUUUUUUUAAUAUAAA